AUGAAGCAUCGUCAUUCUUCAUAUAAAACUAUAAAAGCAACCAAAACUCUUACCCAUUUCAAACCAAAUCAACACCGGCCACACCAUUAUCGCUCAUUUCAUCCAAUACCAAUUCUAACACAUUUUCACAGUAAGGAGAUGAAGAUCGCGAUUAGAGAAUCAACGAUGGUGAGACCCGCGGAGGAGACGCCGAGAAUAAAGCUAUGGAACUCUAACGUCGACCUCGUGGUUCCAAAUUUUCACACACCGAGCGUCUAUUUCUACCGGCCCUCCGGAGCCACCAACUUCUUCGAUGCAAAGGUCAUGAAGGAUGCUCUGAGUAGGGCUUUGGUUCCGUUUUACCCCAUGGGAGGACGAUUGAAGAGAGACGAAGAUGGCCGAAUUGAGAUCGAUUGUCAAGGACAAGGCGUAUUGUUUGUUGAAGCAGAGUCCGAUGGCGUGAUCGAUGAUUAUGGUGACUUUGCCCCCACGUUGGAGCUCCGGAAACUUAUCCCGGCGGUUGACUACUCCCUCGGAAUCGAAUCAUAUUCCCUACUGGUGUUGCAGGUUACUUACUUCAGAUGUGGGGGAGUUUCGUUAGGAGUCGGGAUGCAACAUCAUGCUGCAGAUGGUGCAUCAGGGCUGCACUUCAUCAACACAUGGUCCGAUAUGGCUCGUGGCCUUGACCUCAGUCUCCCACCCUUCAUAGACCGAACCCUCCUCCGUGCUCAAGACCCACCACGACCCGUUUUCGAGCACGUUGAAUACCAACCUGCUCCGCCAAUGAAAUCCACAUCCGAAACCUCAUCAGAUGAAACCGUCGUCUCAAUUUUUAAAUUGACACGAGACCAACUCAACGUGCUCAAAUCAAAAUCGAAAGAAGAUGGUAACACAAUCAACUAUAGCUCCUAUGAAAUGCUCUCCGGCCAUGUUUGGAGGUCUGUGUGUAAAGCCCGCGGGCUGCCAGAUAAUCAAGACACCAAGCUAUACAUCGCCACUGAUGGCCGGGCCCGCCUUCAACCCGCCCUACCACCGGGCUACUUCGGGAAUGUUAUCUUCACGACCACUCCGAUAGCGGUAGCAGGCGAGCUUCAAUCGAAGCCAACUUGGUAUGCUGCUAGUAAAAUCCACGAUGCGUUAGUGAAGAUGGACAACGAUUAUCUUAAAUCAGCACUUGACUAUUUGGAAUUACAGCCCGAUUUGAAGGCAUUGGUUCGUGGUGCACAUACCUUUAAAUGCCCUAAUCUUGGAAUAACCAGUUGGGCUAGGCUGCCGAUUCACGACGCCGACUUUGGGUGGGGCCGGCCUAUAUUUAUGGGUCCCGGGGGGAUCGCAUUUGAAGGUUUGAGUUUUGUGCUACCAAGCCCGGUUAAUGAUGGGAGCUUGUCGAUUGCCAUUUCACUGCUAGCCGAACAUAUGAAGCUUUUCAGCAACUUCUUGUAUGAUAUCUGAAAUCUUGGAUACAUACGUUCUUUAAAUUUGUUCAUUAUUGUAUGAUUUUAAUUUUUACCCAAAGGGAAAUACUUAUGUUGAAACGAGCUUAUAAAUAGCUCCGUUGGUUAGAGUUUUUAACAGUUAUUCAGC